UUGGAUGGACUGGAAUGGCUCGUGCUGGACACUCGGUUAGAAGAAAUCAAAGCAAGAAGGGGAGGUUACCAGCGGUUAUUUGUUUUGAUUUUGCAGAGAAUGCAAGCAAUCCACACCCGGCACCGUCACCUCAACUCGUGGAGCUCGAGAAAGCUUUGGCUGCGGCAAUAGACAAGGUAAAAAGGAAAACGAUAUCAAAGAAAACCCCAAAGAAGCUCUGGUUCGAUCCAAAAGCUUUUGCUCUUCUUCUUUCCUUGGUUUUCUAUUCUAGCUUUGUUGGUCAGACGGAAACUCUCUUUCGCGUGUUUAGAUCGAGCAAGGCGAGCAAGGAGCAGCAAGCGAGGUCAAGCGAUUCGGAGGCACACACGAGAUGCUCCGGAGUAUCAAUCGAGACGAGGAGUCGAAGGAACAGCAGUCGAAACUCGCGACGGCAAAGCCUCCAGGUUUGAGAAGAACGAGAGAAAAACUCCAUACUGUUUACUUUCUCCAAUCCAGGACGAUGAGCACCAAUCCAAUGGAUCCGGAGAGGGUCUGUUGCUCGCUGUGAAUAAGUUCCUGUCCGCAAAAGAAGCCCACCAACAUCACCACCACCACCACCAUCACUGAACACUCAGAGGAGAACGAAGCUCUCUCGACUGUAAAAAUUAGGAGCAAAGAAACACAACGCAACUCACAACAAAUACGCGAGGCGGUACUUACUCGAGUUCUUUGCUGGGAGGAAAAACUUAUAAAACUUAUCACUGUUUCAUUUCCUUGCAAAGCUUUGAAAGAGUAGAAUCACUGUCCCCUUC